CAGCGGCAGCAGCAGCUUGUUGCUGUGCUUUUUAGUCAGAGGGAGGGCACAAGAAAGGAGGCGGGAAAAGGGAGGAGUAGGAGAAGGAGGAGGGAUUUGGCAGAGCACUUACACUCAGUUGUCCGCCCUCACUCACCGCCCCCCCCCCCCCCAUAAUGUAGCGAGUACGUCACGCAGCCUUGUACUGUAAUACAAGAAGUGAAAGAGCAGAGGAAACAGACACAGCUCAACUUCUAACCUUAACAAAGGCAGGGAUCUGUCAAAACGACUGGAAAGAGAGAAAGAAAGAGAGAGUGCUUACUGCCAUCUUCUCUAUGACUCACUUAGAACAUGCAUGAAGAUAACUACACUGGGAACAUCUUUUGCCUUUGGGAAAGGAAAGUAUCACUUAAAAAAGAAGACAUAAAACCAUUGCUCUUCAAGACUGCAUGAUCCAAAGCACAACUCUACCUGCCACGGCUGGAAAAAAGCUUUCUCUGUUCUCCCCCACAGCUAAUGGUGCAGUAGUACAGAUGGAUCGCAACAGAGAGGCAGAAAUGGAAUUGAGAAGAGCUUCUAGUCCCAGCAAAGGCAAUAAGAGCAACGAGGUGGAUGGGGACAGGUCUCUGUGCCACAGCUGCUGCAUCUGUGGCAAAAGCUUUCCCUUUCAGAGCUCCCUUUCCCAACACAUGAGAAAACACACUGGGGAAAAGCCAUACAAAUGCCCUUACUGUGACCACAGAGCUUCCCAGAAAGGCAACUUGAAGAUUCACAUUCGGAGCCAUCGCACGGGAACUCUAAGUCAAGGACAUGACUCGGAGAUGGGAGAGGCCCAGCUUGGGGAGAUGGGAGUGUCCGAGGGCCUCGAUGGCUGCACUAGUCCCACCAAGAGCACCUCAGCCUGCAACAAGAUACUCAAUGGGGCUACCCAGAUGGAAAACAGCAAAAUCCUGCUGAGAAGCAGCAAGAAAGAGGCAGGGCCUGACGCCCCUGCCGCUGAAGAGGACAAGGUCUCCACGUUCCAGUGCACCUUCUGCAAAACCAAGUUUGAGAGGAAGAAAGAACUUGAACAGCACAUCCAUCAGGUCCACAAGCCAUACAAAUGCAGGCUGUGCAACUAUAUGACCUUGAGAGAGGAGACUCUGCUGAACCACAUUGAGAAGGACCAUAUCACGGCUCAGAUUCCCAACGGGGAGGCCUUUGUGGAGAAUGGCAAGAGUGAGCUCAGCCCCGGGGAAUUUCCUUGUGAAGUCUGUGGUCAGGCGUUUAGUCAAACUUGGUUCCUUAAAGCUCACAUGAAGAAGCACAGGGGCUCAUUUGACCAUGGAUGCCACAUUUGUGGCAGGAGAUUUAAAGAGCCUUGGUUCCUCAAAAAUCACAUGAAAUCUCAUGGCCCCAAAACUGGGAACAAAAACAAACCAAAAAGCGAUCUGGAUCCCAUAGCUACUAUCAAUAAUGUGAUCCAGGAGGAAACCAUUGUGACUGGCUUGUCCCUCUACGAAGUUUGCAUCAAGUGUGGGAACUUGUUUACCAACCUUGAGAGCUUAAAGGUCCAUAAUGCCGUACACCGCAAGGUGGAAGGGAGCCGGACCCUAGAGAAAGCCCAAGGCUUAGUGACCGGAAGCCUAGACCCAUCGGAAACCCAGCAGUUUUUCUUACAGUGCCUGAAUUUGAGACCAUCUGGAGGAGGAGAUAAAGUGACAAGUGGGCAGUCUGGAAAAAGAGUCGCAGAACUGGAUCCUGUCAACAGUUACCAGGCUUGGCAGUUGGCCACCAAAGGAAAAGUAGCAGAACCCUCAGAAUACCUGAAGUAUGGAGGGUGGGAUGAAGCCUUGGCAGAUGCAGAUGUCACCUAUGACAAGGACAAGAGGGAGUACAUCCUUGUGAGCCAGGAGAAGCGCAAGCGGGAGCAAGAUUCCCAGACUUCUGGCAAUCCCAAGAGGAAGACUUUUUCAGGAGGACGCUCAGAUAAGACGGGAGGCAUCCAGCCAGGAGACAACUGCUUCGUAGUUCAGGGCGAUACGGAUUAUAGACCAUCUUCCCGCCAGAGCCGCCGGGCCACUCAGAAUAAUAAUAAGUCAACGGAAUGCUUUGAAUGUGGGAAGAUUUUCCGCACAUACCACCAAAUGGUGCUCCAUUCCAGGGUACAUCGGAAAGAUCGCCGGACCUGCAGCGAGAGUGGGGCCACAGCACGGAGAGAGCGAUAUGGCUCCACCAGUGAAGGGGACUCGGGUUCUACCAGCCAGCCCAGCAGUCCUGGGUCUGCUUCAGCUCCUGAGGAUUCUUUGACAUCCGGGAUGGGAGAGGAGGGUGCCGAUGACAGCUUUGAGGAAGGAGCCCCAGAAUCACUAGCAGGAGGAAAGCCGCACAAUUGCAACUAUUCUGAAGAGGUUCCUACGGUGCUGCCUCAUGGAGAUCACAGCCGUCAGUUUGGAAAUGCUAACAUGCCAGAAAAUAAGGCCAGUGAAUCAAAAUUAGGAAUAGCCAUUUCUGUUCCAAUACUUGAAAAUAACGUCCAAGAUGCAUCUAAAAAUGCCGAACAACACAGAUGCUCCCUUGACUUAAAAAUGCCAGUGUUUCACCGUAACCAAGAGAUUCCGGGCUCUGGUAAUAACGUUGAUUUUAUUUCAGGUAUGGAUCAGACUUAUUCAGAAAUGGCAGUAGAUCUUCAGGUCUCCUUAGACAGUCAGGUUAGUCAUCCUAAAGAAAAGCUGUUUGAUUUGCACAACAAGGACUAUCCUGGGGGAGGAAAAAAGGUGAUGAUGACAGCCCCAGACCUGAUUCCACUCGAUUUAAGUGAGAAGUCUACAAGAGAUGAUUCCAGGAAUAAGGAUAUCGCUUCGUCCUUGCAGGCUGCUUUGAUCGUCCACCCGUGUCCUUAUUGUAACCACAAGACUUACUACCCAGAAGUUCUGUGGAUGCACAAAAGAAUCUGGCACAAAGUGAGCUGCAACUCGAUGGCUCCUCAGUGGAUCCAGCAAAAUGGUUACAAGGGUAUCAAGAAUAGCGUGGUAUUUCUUGCCAGGAGUGGACGCACCGGUCCCCCGCCUGUCCUUGGCGGGAAAGACUGUCAGCCCUUGCCCAUUGCCCGAUUCACACGCACCCAGGGCCCCAGCGGCUUGCCAGCAUCCAAAAGCGUUUCCCCUCUGGGAGUCACCGCGAAACCAGCUAGUAUGCCUAAGAGUAAGGACAGCCAUUUGGGUGGCACCUCCGAGCCGUGGGCGUCAGGUCCCGAUGGGUAUCGGCAAACCAAAAUGACCCACACCCAAGAGCAAUACGGUUCAGCCACCCACUCCCCGCAGCUGAAACCCAAGUACGAAACCAACUCCAAACUGGUGCACGGCGGCAGCUACAGCCGGAGUGUGACGCCCACUCAGACGGUCAUUUCGAGGGCAAACCCCCAGCUCGCUAACAGCAAGCCCGCAGAGAAAUACUUGAUCGCCCCAGUCGGGGCCAGCUUGACCACCUCGAAUAAACACUGUUCCUCUGACUCCAUGAAGGCCAAAUUCAACCUUCAGCCCCAGUAUCAGCCUCUGUGUAAAACCGAGCAUUAUUUGAAACCCGAAGGUCCCUCCCUGUCUCCCCGGGAGCCCCACAACAAGGCUGCCCACGAGCUGAGGACGCUGGCCAACUGCAGCGUGGGAUCCAGGGGAAGCCCGGUGAUGCAAGCUCAGGCCACUGGGACAGGAGCUCCCUCCGUUUUACACCCCCUCAAACAAGAGCCAGCAUCCGAGGGACACGACAAACGCCUGGACAUUCUAAACAUUUUCAAGACGUACAUUCCAAAGGACCUUGCUACGCUCUACCAGAGCUGGGGUGCUAAUGGCCCUGCCUUAGAACAUAGAGGAAUGCUGCGGACGCAAGGCCGCCAAGGAGAACUCAUCUGUAUAGAAUGUGGGAAAGGCUUUACCCAGCCUAAUCACCUAAGGACCCAUAUGCGGUCUCACACAGUGGUAUUUGAAUCUAAUGGACUCCGAGAGACUGAAGUUCACACCACCUCUGCAGAUGCCCCCAAACAAGGGAGAGACCAUUCUAAUUCGGACAUUACCCAUACAGUGCCUCUCAGAAAGGGAACCUAAACACACACAUGCCCAGUGUGUGUACCAAGAACCAUUUAACCAGGAGUUAACAGUAACCUGACUGAUGGUUAACAACAGCCUCCAAACAUGACAGCCCUGCCUGGAAGACUUCCCUUAUAGACCCUCAAAUCCUUACAACCACUGUGCUCGAAUGGAAACUCAAGGGA